GUCACCUGACUUAACAUUUUAAAAAGGUUAUGUUUUUUGAAAUAUAAAAUAAAGAAUAGUGUAUAAAGAAAAUAAUAAUAAUAGUUCUCAUCUUCUGUCUAGUAAUUAUAAAGUAAAUAUUAUAAUGGAAACAAAUACAACACCUUAUACAAUUUUUAAAACGAUUUUAAGUUAUAGUGUUUUUAUCUUGGCUUCGCCCAUAAUUACGUUUUUUGUUUCAAAAAUUAUUUUUGAAGGUAUUUUGGGCACAUCUCCUGUGACAACAAAUAUUUCAUCUGCAGUUUUAGCUGUAGUGGUAUUGCACAUAGCAGUAGGAAUGUAUAUAUUAAAAGCUUAUUCAGAAGCUGAUAAAGUGAAGGACCAAUAA